CGGAAACUACAAAUAUGGCGUUGAAGCUCACAGCAUGUUACUCACUUCGUCUCUUCUGCACUCAAAAUUCUUGAGAAGUACUUCAAUUUAUGCUUACUUUCUCCUGCUAAUGCAUUAUCAUUAGCUGCCCUUGGAAUUUUAGAUUCAGAUUUGAGACCUCAUUUAUCAAAUUUUCUUCUUCAUUCCUUUACAAAAUCAAUCAAUGGCUUCCCCACACACCGACGUUGUGUGCGUCACCGGAGCCAAUGGCUUCAUUGGCUCAUGGUUGGUCAAAACGCUCCUGCAAAACCGUCGCUAUGCCUCCAUACAUGCUUCCAUAUUCCCCAAAUCCGACGCCUCUCACCUCUUCGGACUCCACCCUGACGCCAAAUCCCGAAUUAAAAUCUUCGAGGUCGAUGUGCUCGACGCCGCCGCCGUCGCCCGUGCCGUGGACGGUUGCUCCGGUGUGUUCCAUGUGGCAUCCCCUUGUACCCUUGAAGACCCCGUCGACCCACAGAAGGAACUCGUGCUUCCGGCGGUUCAGGGCACUCUGAACGUUCUAGAAGCAGCUAAGAAGUGCAAGGUGAUGCGUGUCGUCCUCACGUCAUCUAUUUCCGCCAUGGUCCCGAACCCUAAUUGGCCUCCAAACAAGCCCUUCGAUGAGUCCUCUUGGACCGACCUUGAUUACUGCAAAUCGCGGGCCAAAUGGUACCCGGUGUCGAAGACGCUGGCGGAAAGAGGGGCAUGGGAUUACGCGGAGAAGAAUGGCAUUAACAUGGUGGCGAUUCAUCCUGCGACGUGUUUAGGUCCUCUGCUUCAGAAUUCGCUGAAUGCUAGCAGUGCCGUGCUUCAACAGUUGCUUGAGGGAUCAAAGGAUACGCAAGAGUAUCACUGGCUUGGAGCUGUUCAUGUGAAGGAUGUGGCCAAAGCGCAUGUAAUGCUGUUUGAAAACCCAAAUGCUUCUGGUAGAUAUCUCUGCACCAAUGGCAUCUAUCAGUUUUCUGAUUUUGCCAACAAAGUGUCCAAGCUAUAUCCUGAUUUCCCUGUUCACAGGUUCCCUCCAGAAACUCAACCUGGGUUGGUAGCAUGUGAAGAUGCUGCGAAGAGGCUAAUAGACUUGGGAUUGGUGUUUACUCCACUUGAAGAUGCUGUACGAGAAGCAGUGGACAGCCUCAUAUCUAGAGGCUUCCUUAAGCUUAGUAGAUAAGUUAAAAAUGUUAAAUAAAACUAAUUUUAUUUUAUGAAUAAAAAAUGACACUCUUGUCCAUGAUUCUUAAGUUUGGAAGUAUUGGGGAAAAUUUUUUUUUUACAUAUUUGUAUAGUGUUAUUUUUUUUUUCUAUAUCACGAGUAUAUGAUAAUGACUGCAAGUGCAUGAUAAUCAUCGUACAAAAAUUAUGAGAUAAAGAAAAUCAUUUUCCAUCCUUAUAACCAAAAA